CAUGAAGGAUUUGUCUCUGUCCCUGCUGAGUCGGGGAUGCGGUCGUUUUAUCUCAUCCAACGGAACCACAGGGCAUCAUGAUGAACGGCUGGAUGUCUGCUUCACACCACAGGAUUACUACAUCUGGAAAUCCCAGGACUCAGUGCUGCGUCUGUCCAACAGUGGCCACCUGCUUGGGGCAGAAGAACCAACACUUCCAAAGACUUACAGCACUCGUAGGGGGCCACUUCUGCUGUACUCCCAGGACUUUGUUACUAUGGAAACCAAGUGUGGGUCACAGGCUGGAGACAGAAAGAAGCGAGUUGUUCGGCAGUACACGCAGGAAGUGGAACAGCAGUUGAGCACACUCAAGGAGCUAACAGCAGCCAUUUUGAGCUACAGCAACAACCAGUUUACCUCUUCUCAAUUUGCUCCAUCCCUCUUACCUCCUCUUCACCUCCCUGCACCUCCAAACCUUCAUUGUCCCACUACUCUGCCAUUUCGCACCACACAAAAACAACUCAGUCAAGAGUUGCUUGUCCAGUUGGACCCACAGUGGCUUCCAGCAGAGAGAAAAACUGAACAACUGGAAAAUCAACCUGGAGAUAAAAAGGAGGAGCACAGCAGCAAGAGGAGAGUCAGGCUGGAUCUGUUCCUUCAGAUACCCAGUGUCUCCAGGACUCCAACACCACAGAUGGAACCCCAGCUCUGGGUACACCAUGUAGCAAUGACCCCUGAAGAACCAGAGGAACCUCAGACAUACUUAGACCUGAAUCUGCAACAUAGUGAAAGUUUGCAGCAUAGUGAAAUAAAUCACCACAGUAUGGGUACAGGAGGAGAGAUCCAUCAUCCAAACAUGAAUGAUGUCCGUGAUGCAGUAGAUGAUCGAGGCUGUUCCAUUCAGAGAGACAAUGGAACAACCAGUAUUAAAGGCAACUAUGAAAGAUCAAUAACAAGGAACAGACAUGGGAGGAUAGUCCAACUAUAUGGAACAGAGCAGCCAUCACACACAGAGCCUGGAGCAAAUAGUACCUCAGGCCUGCUCCUUCCUCCUCUGAGAGUGGGAUCUUCAGUCUGUCAUGGACCCUGCUGGGAGAACACAGACAGGCCAAGAUGGGACGGCCCCAGCAGUGAUGAACACCAUGUCCAGCGUCUGCCUCCCAUAGCAGAGAGCCUUACUGUUGCUCCCAGAUGGGCAAUCCAGGCUCAAACCCAGUCAGAUGCCCAAACACAAGCAGAAUCUCAAGAAAAUCAGAGCAGACUCCAUCAACAGCCUCUGUUGCUUCCACUGCUGCUUCCUAUGAAAAAAGAUGAAGAAAUAACUUGUCAAAAGAGAGGAGGGAGAGAAAAAACAGACAGACAAUACUGUAAACAAGAGACAGGGCAGUUGGGAAGAGGAGGAAGGCUACACUCUGAGAAAGGCUCUAUGAUUCUGCUGGAGCCAGGGGAAGAGCCUCCUCCUCCAGUAGGAGUAUUGGGUUGCGUUGCUGGACGGAGAGGCCCAGGCCGGCAGAGCUCUCUAGCCUUCUUACAGAACCGACUACUUGACCUCCAGGAUCCCUGUGAAUCCACUGAUGCUAACAGAGGCGUGGUUAGGGGCAUUCUACCACUGGAGCUGAGAGAUUUGCAGAACAGAAGAUCUGUUGGCAGCCUGAUUCUGGGUCCUGAUGGGGAAAUCAUUCAACUGUCACUGUAUGACAACAACCAGGACUCAUCUCAGGGUGAUGGUGACAAACAGGAGCAAGCUCUCCAGGUUUUGUCUGCAGAAGGAGAGAAGUUACCCUGGGUCAUUCUGCUGCAGCCUGAACAUACACACACAGAGGGAGAGGUGGAGAUGAACACAGAUGUUCCUGCUGGUGACAGUCAGCACUAUCAGUCAAUACAUAAGCGCUUAGAUCUUCACAGAUCUACAGAGACUGAUGCAGGAUCAGCCAGCAGACACACUCUCCCAGUGGCUGAGAACAAGAAAAAAACAAAGUGUACAGAGGCAGUGGUGGGAACACAGAAGGAAAAAAAAGAUAGUAAAAAAAAUGUGAGGAUGCCUCCACUGAGGGAACUGGUGAGGGAGCCAAGAGGAGGCAACGCUGAGUCAGAGGAGGAGGAGGAAGAGGAACAGCUGUAUAGUACUGGACAGACUGACCAGUUGUCUGGAUCACACCAGCCAGGGGAGAAGCUGCUGUAUAAAGGUAGUGCAUCCUCCAGCCGGCAGAGCAUCAACCUAAAUGAAGCAACAACAGAGGAUGCUGUGGAGGGAUGGAAGAGGAACACCAAGAGGAACAACACUGGGGAAACUGCAAUAACCACAGGGAAAAGGGAGAUGAAAACUGGGAGCGCAGAAGCAGAUGGACAGAAGGAAUUGAAGAAGAGGAAAGGAGGAAAAUGGCAGAGACAGAAGACAGGGAGUGAUGCUCAACCAAUCAGGAGCCAAAAGCAAGAGGAGAGGACCAAGAUAGAAGCGGCAGAGAAUCAGGACCAUUCUGCUUUCCCUUCUCUGAAAAAGAAGAUGAGAGACAGGGAAGGAGAGAGAGGAAAAGUGAAGACAAAUGAGGAGAGAGACGGUCGAGGAGAACUGACAAAGCAAAAGGGAGAGUCUACUGGAAGGAGAAGGAGAGCGAAGUUGAAACACAAAGAGUUAGUUGUUGGAAGACCUGAGGACAUCCUGGAGAAAGAAGAGUUGGAGCUCAAUCAGGAAAUGGAAGAAGAGUCUCACCUAAAAUCCACUAGAAGCUCCUUUGCUACACAAAGACAAAAUGAAACUAAGAGAAAUUCAAAGGAAGAUGCAGACCAUCUUUCCACAGAUGACAACCUCACAAAUGCAGACAAACACAGCAGCGUCCGAUCAGCAAGUUCAUGCAGGUCCACUGUUGUAUCUCAGUUCCAACAAAGGAGCUCACAAAGGUCCGACGUGUCUUCCUGUGAGGGGGCGGUACCAGCCAGUACCAACGGUCUCGCUUCCUCUCGUAGUCGCUUGUCAUCAUGCUCAACUGUCAUGAUAAAGGAGGAACAGCUGAUGUUGAACCCAGUAAAGCCUGAGUCCUCCAGGGCCAGAAGGAGACGGGAGGAGGAGGAGGCUGCAGCCCUGCGUCUGGCCCAGCGAGCAGAGAGACGGAGGCAGGAGGUGGAGAGAAAGAGGAAGGAAUGA